AUGAAGAAAAACCCCUUUCAAUGCAAAAAGCAGCAGGAGACCACAAUAGAAAAAGUCAUCCAGGGCGUGCUUGCUGAAGAGUGCGAGGAAAGUACAGACAAAAAUACAGAAGACCUGGAUAAGACAGAGGAAGUAUCUGCGGUCAACGAGACGGACGUACUAAAAGCACUCCAAACUCAUAAAAAAGAACAAAAGAUACUUUCAGAAAUACCUUUAAAUUAUAUUUAUAAUUACACCCGGGUGGUCUCUGCAGAUGAAGAGAUUAAGAAUAGGCUAGAAGAAACAGUAAAGAACCUUUUGUAUUAUCAAGUGCCAGAGUCACAUAUGUUUAAAAAAGAAAGCAGUUCUGUCUAUAAUAGUAUUUUUGUUAGCUGGAGACAAGGCCUUACAGAGCUAUUCUCUGAGUACAGAAGAGCAAACACGCAGGGAAGCAAAUUUUCAUUCUAUGUAUACUCUGACAAGCUUGUCUACUACUUUCAUACAAACAAGUAUAAUGGCUGUGAUAAGCCAUGCUGCCAUAAGGCAGGGUACUCUCUGUAUAUUUCUGCAAAGAACAUGAAAACAACGGAUAUUUUGGAAAGAUUUGAAAGCAAUUUUGUACAGAGCGGCGACGAGUUUUACUUAUCUGGGAAAGAAGUCUUGUUUAUUCUUGAUACAAUUCUAAACACGCAGGUAAGCACAAUACAGUCACUUCCUUUGGUUCUAUCAAAGUAUCCUUUUGUGAAUUCAAUACUGAAAAAGCCUACAUAUACUGUUAGAUCUGAGAAUAGAUCAGGAAAGAAGGCGUUUAGAAUUAUUAUUAAAGGAUGGAUAAUUACAACAGACAUUGCGUUUGUUAAUUUGUCCACACAGAUAGAAAUGAAGCACAUUGAUCUAAUGAAGUAG